AUGUUGUCUGGUGUUAGUGUUGAUGUUCAGAUCAAAUACAAGAUUUGUGAUAAUAAAAUAAUAAAAAUAUGGAAACGGGAAAAGGAAAAAGAAGCCAAGUCUUUGAAAAUGUGUGGAAUUCUGUGCUCCAGACUUCCAUGGUGCCGAGCUAUCACUGCAUGUCCAGCUGGUACGGGAGGCUAUAAUUGUCAGUUUCAUUAUGGAGUAUAUUUUGCAGCUUGUCAAUCAUUUCGUUCGGAUCUGAAUUGUAAAAUAAUGAUUGAGACAACCAAAAAUACGGAACCGAUUUCAGCAGAAGGUUGUGCAAAUGGUGGAAUCUGGAAUGGAACCAACUGUCGGUGUCUCGAUGGUUUUGCUUCUCCGAAAUGCGAACGUUACAUUAAAGACUGUGAAGAAGGAGCUGAUUUGGGAUACAAAAACAAACCAGGACAAUGGGAUUAUGUGACGACGCUCACGUGGUCGACAGGUGCCCCAUAUCCUUUUGAAACAUUUUGUAACUAUAAUGACGGGAAGACCAUCAUGUUCUAUAGAGGUUUUGGUGUUCCCAUAAACUGGAAUCGAACAUGGCAGGAGUAUAAGUAUGUUUUAACUGAAACCAACGAGGCGUAUUGGAUGGGCUUGGAGAAUAUUCAUUACUUGACGAAUUCAGGUACACAUCAAUUACAGAUUUACUUUACUCGAUUUGCUGAUUCAAAUUUAUUUGGACAAUUCUUUUACAAAAAUUUUAAGGUGGGCGCCGAAAGCACUGAUUAUCAGUUGAGCUAUUCUUCACUUGAAGUAGUGAAAGAACCUUAUGGACUGCAAGAUGGAGAGCCAGAUUCUAAUACAUUGGGACCAAUCAACGGUUCGCGGCCAUUUUGCACCUGGGAAAAACCCGGAUGCAGUUCAGCGUUACAAAAUGGCGGAUGGUGGCACGACGCGUUUGCUACACAAUAUAGCUUAACGAAGCCAAUGGAACCCGUCACUGUGCAUUACCAUGGUGAAGAUGUUCAGGUUAAUUCGAUCUCAUUUCAAGUCUAUGACAACUCAAGAUCCUAG